CCCCCUCUCAAAGCUCUUUGAUCGACGAAUUAGCCCGUCAUUCCCGAUCUGUGGUCCUAGUUCCGACCACGCGCGUCGAGCUUCAAAACAUUGUACCAGUUUCCCGAAAAAGCAAGAUGCCCGCUGUGUCUUUCCCUGUGCAACAAAAUCAUAAUAUUGUUUGCGCCGGGUUCAUCCAUCUUGAACGGGCACAGUUCCUACUCACUUUCGCCGCUGCCAUCGUGGCGCCCAUUGCUGUUCUGGCGUUGGUAGUGUCUUUUAGCAGAAAGUAUAAAGACACCGCCCUGUCCCGUUCGUUUUGCAAACGCCCUACCAGGACAGCAGGAUCGCGUUACUUGAAGCAGUCACGUGAAUUCAAUACAGUGAGGAUCAUCAUGUCCCCCAGCAGAAAAUCAGAUGUUUCUUCCCUGGGGACUCAUAGGACUAUUGAGAAAGAUGUCCUUGGUGGCAGGCGUGAUGAGCCUCGAGGUUCUAGUGGCAGACAACGAUACUGGGAAGAAUCAGGGGCUUUGAAGGCUAAGGCAGACGAAAGACGAAACCCCAAGAAUCGGCCUCCUCCAGCAAUGCCUCUCACUCCACCUGACGCAGCUACCACCAUUUUUACUUUCCAGGAUCGUCGAUUAAGUGUGGCAGCAUCUACUCAUAACGACUUUGAUCCAGCCCUUCCUAGCUUGGAUAUAGAUUCACCCGAGUCAACAAGUACCUUGGACGCCAAUACUUCAUCUCCGAUAUCACCACAUAGGUCUUAUACUACGGCAGCUUCUCUCGAUCCUCACCAACCGAGCUCUUCAACAGGGGUAAGAUUUGAGGACACCCUUUCAACAUUCGCCCCUAGUUCAUUCCCGUCGUCUAGUCCGAUCUUACCUCUAGCGCCACACACGGCACUUCAUUUACAUGGGAACGACGUCACAGAUGAGACGAACUCGGUGACGGACGACUCAGGGGCCGACUGGAAGCGCCACACUCGCGUGUACGGCGGAGGCGUAUGUCUGGCGUGCCUAGCAUCAGGUGGCGACGACGGGGGUUUCUACGGCGAGAAUGUGCCCUUGGACCAGCGACGGUAACACACACUGUUCUCGCUGCGAAUCUAGAAUCCUGGUCUCAGGUUAGGAUCGACUAGUAAGGCACGGAUAGAGGGCUGUUGGGAUUACGCCCACAAGGCCACACAGCCCACGAUCCCCCUGUCUUGUGCCUGGGGAGACAAUAAACGCCGAGGCUUCGUCGUUAACUGGCGAAUGACUGGAGAGAAUCAAUGGCGAAUUU